CAAGAGGAAGAACGCAAAACGUAGAGGUGAUGGACACGACAGAUGAGGACAGUAGUCCAGUCAUCGUCACGGAAGGUGCUUAUCCGGUACGGUGCACUGAAGAAGUACUUCUACCUUUCAUCACAGAUGAGAGUCAGCAGGCCGUCAUGGACCCACACCUCCCUCCGGACUCCCACAGCGUCCCCUCGGUCCUACCAGAGCUCAGACUGGUCCUACUGGGCAGGAAAGGAGCGGGGAAGAGCGCGGCGGGCAACACCAUCCUGGGAGGAGUGGGAGGCUUCGAGAGCGGGAAGCCCACAGAGGAGUGCGUGAAAAGGCGAGCCGAUGUGGCGGGGAGGAAAGUCACAGUGGUGGACACGCCGGGUUGGGAGUGGUACUACCCGCUCAACAGCACUCCCAACUGGGUGAGGAGAGAGACUUUACGGAGUGUGUCGCUUUGCCCCUCUGGGCCCCACGCUGUGCUCCUGGUGGUGCGAUCCUGCUCCUCAGUAACAGACGACUACAUCAGUGAGAUAGAGGAGCACCUGGAGCCGCUGGGAAAAGGAGUUUGGGAGCACACCAUGCUGCUGUUCACCAGGGGAGACGAGCUGGGCCUCGGGUCCAUGGAGCAACGGAUCUUGACGAGCGGCCCGGGACUCCAGAAACUCCUCCAGAAGUGCGGGAACAGAUACCAUGUCGUGAAUAACCGGAGCAAAGGAGACGGGACGCAGGUCAGAGAGCUGAUAAGGAAGCUGGAGGAGAUGGUGGAGGGGAAGAAGAACGGAAGCAGUCAUCUAGAGAUGGAUAAUAGCGUCAUGGUGGGUCUGGAAGCAGACGGGAAGAGGAGAGCGAGGGAGAGGAGGAAGAAACAGAGGCAGAUGGAGGUGCAGAUGCAGAGAACGACCAUCAAAGCUGCGCUAACGAGCGAUGGUCUUCAGGCUUCCGAGUUGGACGCCCACCAGUCGUUCUCCAAGAGUCCCCGACGUUUACCCGAGGUCAGGCUGGUUCUCCUGGGCGAGCGUGAGACAGGAAAGAGCUCCGCUGGGAACACCAUACUGGGCAGUGUGGGCUUCUUCCAGGCCGGGGCGGUAACAGAGGAGUGCGUCCGUCAGCAGGCAGAGGUGGGCAUGCGGCUGGUGACGGUGGUGGACACACCGGGCUGGGAGGGAGGUGUAGCGGGUUCCACGCCUGAGAGGGUGAAGAGGGAGAUUGUCGGUAGCGUGGCCUUGUGUCCUCCGGGGCCCCACGCGCUCCUGCUGACUCUGAGGGUGGAUACACUGGUGAGGGCAACACAUGUGAAGGAACAUCUGGAGCUUCUGGGCGAUGGUGUGUGGAGACACACGAUACUGCUGUUCACACACGGGGAUCAGCUUCGAGAGGGGGUGGAUAUCGAGCAGCACGUCCAGAGUGGGGGCAAGGACCUCCAGGGGCUGCUGGAGAAGUGCAGGGGCCGGUACCACGUCAUCAGCAGCGUAGACGGAGGAGGGACAGGAAACCGAGGCUCCAGUGAGGUGACGGAGCUCCUGCAGAAGGUGGAAAAGAUGGCGGCAAUGAACAGGUGUGAGGCUUUCUCCGGACUGGUUCAGGAGGUCAGGGAUCUGAGCCGGCACAGGAACCAGAAGUUCAACCAGCGCCUGAAGGAUAUGGGGGAUAAAAUGCUUCGUCAGGAUGACGAGUUGAAAAACAUGAGAGAGAGGGAGAUGAAAAGACUCCGGUGGUUUUUUGACAGGAAGAAAAAGGUGAAGUCACCCGGAAAGGCUGACGUUCAAAGGGAAGAAGAGGAGGAGGAGGACAGGAGGAUGGGCGAGAGGAAGAAUGACAUCGGAGAGCUGGAGGACAGGAUGAAAUGGCUGACAGAGGAUAAAGAGAGAGAAAUACAGGAUCUGAGCAUAGAAAACGAGAGAAUCAGCGCAGCACUAAACCAGAGUCGAGCAGAAAGGCACGAGGCGCUUCUCAACCUGGAGCUAAAAGAGAGAGAGAUUGAGGAACUGAAAGAAAGAAUUGACGAGCAGCAACUGAAGCUGCUCGACCUUGAACGUGCCGUUGCAGAAAGUCAACAUGAGAGAAAACAGAGGGAGGAUACCAUUAAAGUGAAGAAACAAGAGUGGAUGAGUGGGGUUAAGAGAUUGGAACAAAACAUUGAGUUGCAGAAAAAAGAGAAAGUGGAGUGGAUGGAAGAAGUUGCUUCUUUAAAAGCAGAAAUGGACGAGACUAAAAGACGCCACGAUGAUAUUCUCGAGAGAAAAGAACAAGAAAAAAACAGGGAGAUGGCAGAGAUGGAAGAAAGACUGAAAAAAGAGAUGGAAAUAAAACUACUUGAAAAAGAUAAAGAGCGGGAAGAAAUGAGGGAGAAAGCAUCAGAGGAGAAGCAGAUAGCUCUCGAUAAUAUAAAACAACGUGAAAAAGAUAUGCAGAAAGUUGAAGAGUUAAAAGCACAACAGAAGAAGGAGAUGGAGAGAAAAAUGCAUGAGCAAGAGACUGAGAUACACGACCUAAAACUGCAGCAUCAGGAAGAGAUGGCCAUCAAAAUCUUUGAAAUGGAAGAAAUAAUGGAGACAAUUAAAGUUCAACACGAAAAAGAAAUUGAUCAGAAGUUGAAAGACAAUAUAGAAGAUAUAGAAAGAGUCAAACACCAGCAUGACAAUGAAAUAAAGGAUGCAAAAGAAGAAAAACUCAGAGAGAUUACAGAGCUGAAAAAGCAGUUUGAAAAAGAAACAGAGAAACAUAUUCAAGCAAAAAAGAGGGAGUUAGCAGAUUUAGAGCAAAAGUAUCUUGUCAAAACAGAAGGAAAAAUGCUAGAAAAUGAAAAAGAGAAGGAAAUGAUUCAUCUCAAAUACAAAACAGAAAUGGCUCAGAAGAUGCAAGAGAAAGAGGAAGAGGUUGAAGUGUUAAAACAGCAGCAUCAACAAGAACUGGCAAGAAAAAUGAAAGAAAUGGAAGAACUAAUGGAGAUGAGUGCUGUACACCAGGAAGAAAUAGAUAGAACGAUGAAAGAGAAGGAGGACGAUGUGGAAAGAGUCAAACAACAGUACAGUGAUAAAAUAAGGGACAUUGAGCAAGAAAGACAAAGAGAGAUAAAAGAGCUGAAACAGCAGUCUGCAGAAGAAAUUGAGAAACAAUUGCAGGAACGACAAAGAGAGAUAAGAGAGUUGGAGCAAAAGCAUGCUGCCCAAACAGAAGAAACGCUAAAAGAACAUAAAAAAGAGAAGGAAAUUAUGAAAGAAAAUCAUGAGAAAGACAUUUUUCAAAAACAUCAGGAGAGAGACGGACUAAUGGAGGAGUUAAAACGUCAGCACAUGAAUGAAAUUAAAGAAGUAAUGCAAGAAAGUGACAAGGAAAAAGAAAGGCUUGUUAUGAAUCUCAAGCAAGAGAUGGAGCAAAGACUGGAGGAAAAGGAAAAAGAAACAGAGGAGAUAAAACUGACCGUGAGAGAGAUGAAGGAAAAGCUGCAACAAAAGGAAGAGAAAGAAAUAGAAAAUUUGAAUUUAAAGCACAACAUGGAGCAAAGACUGGAGGAAAAAGAAAGAGAAACAGAGGAGAUAAGAGAACAUUCAAAAGAACUGGAGAAACAACUGCGACAAACAGAGGAGGAAAGAGAAAGAGAUCAAUUAAAUCACAAGAAACAGAUGGAGCAAAAACUCCAAGAAAAGGAAAGAGUGAUAGAAAAAUGUAAUCAGCAUAUAAAGGACAUUGAGGAAAUCCUGCAGAGGAAAGACGAAGAGAGAGGAGAAAUUAUUCUGAAUCAAAAGAAGGAGGCAGAGCGGCGACUGCAGGACAGAGAACGAGAGAUGGAGGAGAUGAAACUAGAGCUUUUAAACGACACAGAGAGAAAAGUAAAGGAGAAGGAAGCCGAGAUUGAAAGUGUUAAACUACAGGCUGACUCCAGGGAGAGAAGAUGGCGGGAAGAGCAGAGGGAAAAGGACGAGAGAGGAGAAAAAGAGUUAAACCGACUUUCAGAAAUCAUUGACGAGAAAACAAGAGAAAUUGCAAAAGCACAAGGUCUUCUUGCAGACAGAGACGGUGAGAUGGAUCAGGCAAAAAACACAAGUUCAAACUACUUAGAAGAAAUUGAAGAGCUGAAAGAAAGCAUUAAAAACCAAACAGACAGUAUCAUCGAGAUACAGCAGCAUCACACGGAGCAGGAGAGGAAAAAAGAUGCUGAAAUUAUGGAAAAACUUCAGGAGAAAGAUGAAGAGCUGAGGCAGAGAGACAGAGAGAGCGAGAGAGAGAUCGUCCAACUGAGGCUUACAAUCGAGCAGACAAAGUACGAGCUGAAGGAUCUCACUGACAAGAUGGAGACGGAGAUGACGAACAUGAUCCAGGAAUACGAAAAGGAAAUCACGAGAAGGAACGAGAGCGUGGAAUCCAUCGCAAAGGAGAGGGAUGGUGCUAGAAGUACAGGAGAGGAAGUCAUAGAGAAAUACGAGGAAAGUCGGAGGAGAGUUGAGGAGCUGCAGGAGCAAAAUGAGAAGAUGAGAAAAGAGACGGAGCACUUCAAAAUAAAGUACGAGGAGCUGAAGAGGGAGAGCGAAGAGGAAGUUAGGAAACAUCUCAGGGCAUAUGAAGAGCAGGUGAAGAGCAUAGAAGCAGAAAUACAAGGCAUUCUUAAAGAGAGAGAUGUGGAGGUCGGAGGGUUAAAGGAGGAAAAUAACAAAUUGCAAGUGGAGAUAGAGAGGAUGAAAGAGGGGCGAGGUGAGGCAGAGAGGCAAAUGAAUGAAAUGAGAGAGUGUGUACAGAAGCAAAGUGAGCUCAGAACGAAGGAUGAGGAGUUCUUGAAAAGGGAAAACAAAGUAGGAGAAAGGGAGCAGCUCCUGAGCAGAAGAGGAAAUGAACUUGAAGCAAAAGAGAGAGAGCUGGUUGAAAAGGAGGUAGAGUUGGAAGGUAAGGAAGAGGAACUUAGCAAGUGGGAAGCAAGUUUGGAAAAGCAACAAAAAGAGCAGGAGGAAACAGACAAAUACGAGCAGGAGGUGAGCAUGAGAGCGCAAAGUGUAGAGAAAAAGGAAAAGGAGCUAGAGAGCUUGCUGAGAGCUCUGGAGGGCCGACAGAAAGAGCUAAAUUAUCACGGUCAAGAUCUCCAGGAGAAGGUGAAAGGGCUGAAAGAUCAUGGGAAGGAGCUGAAGGACAGGGAGUACUACUUGAAGAAUGAAGAGCAGGAGCUGCUCAGCUGGAAGUCAGAGCUGCAGAUGCAAAACGAGCAUGUGAACUCCACGACGCAGCAGUUGGACGAGAUGGGGAGAGACCUGGCUCUACUCAAGGAAGAACUCAACAACAAGGAGAAGAAGUUAAAGGUGACACUUAAGAAACUGGGCAAAUGGGAACAGGAGCUUAAAGAACGAGAGGAAAGGUUGAAGAAAAGAGUGAGUGGAGAUGUGGAGAACGGACAGUAUGAGGUUGAUGACGAUGAGAGGGAUUGUUUCCAUCAGACGGAUGCUGUUGAGAGCGAAGAGGACGACUUGCAUUCAAUGUACCGAGAGGUCAGUGAGAGGAGGGAAAAGGGAAGAGGAAGCAAGUCAGACAGAGGAGACGAGGAAAGGGUGGAUCAGAGGAUGGGAACAGCAUCGUCAGCCGCAGAGAGCAAUAACUGUCACCUUGAAACACUAAAAGAGAUGGAGACGGGUGAGGAAAGGGAAGGGAUGAGAGGAGGAGGAGGAGGGGAGAUGAGCAGGCAAAAAGAUCUGGAGAGGUCAAAGGUCAUUCAAGAUUCCACGUUUUUAUCAGCAAGUCAGGGUCACAGAUGCUCAAACCUUCCUGGGUCGGGUUUGAGGGUGGUGGUGCUAGGGGAGUCCUGGUCGUCCAGCUCCCCCGCCGGAAUCACCAUCCUCUUUGGGGAGGCGUUCAAACCGGACGGGUCCUCGUUCAGGUCCUGGAGAGGUCAGGUCGCCGGACGCCAACUCGCCGUUGCAGAACCACUGGGUCUGAAGUGGCGACACGGACCCGAUCCGACCGACACGACGCAGAGGACGAGCAUCCUCGACAGCGUCUCCUGGUGUCGCCCUGGACCGCAUGUGGUCCUCCUGCUGGUGCCGGCCUUCAUGACCUGCACACGGAAGUACAGGAGGGCGGCGGAGGAGCACAUGGGUUUGCUUGGGGAGGACAUUUGGCGGCACACGCUGGUGCUGUUCACGUGGGGGGAAACGUUAGGGGAGAGCGCAGAGCAGCACAUCCUGAGGAACGGGGAGCUGGCGGGGCUGGUGGAGAGAUGUGGGGGGGGUAUCAUGUGGUGAGAAACAAGAGGAGGAACUCUAUGAUUGAGGGAUUGUUGGAGAAGAUGGAGGAUGUGGCAGCAGAGAACUGUGAUGACAAUAUAUGAAUUUAUC